UUUUUUUCACGUUGACAUGGAUAUGUGAUGGUCAACAAAACUCAUGUUGCCUUUUAUAGCCUCACGUUGGUACUAUUUUCAUAUUUGUUCGCAUUGUUUACGGUUUUAGAUGUUUAAAAUGUCUGUCCGGACGGUAGUAAUGACGUUAUACCGCAACAAAAUGAAGCUAAGUAGCCAAUUUUAACUAGCAUGGCUAACGGAGCGUCCAGCGCUAACGUUACCUGCGUUUUACAUUUUUUUUGCACAUUUGGGAAAUGUUCACCAGCUAUAUUUGAGGAAAAUGAAGAGAAAAGUAGCCAAGGUAAGACUGAGCCCUAACGAAGAGGCUCGGAUAAUACGAGAGGAAUAUGAAAGGAGGAGAAAACUGCGAAUACAGCAGGUGCGGGAGCAGCAGCGAGACAUCGCACAGCAGAUCCGUCAAGGGGUUGAGCAGAGACGGCAGCGUGAGCUGGAGAAGCUGGAGGAGGACCUGAGGGAGGACUGGGAGCGACAGCAGAGGGAGAAACUCAACACACUGCAGAGGCUUUACCAGGAGAGCCUCCAGCUUCUGGGUCAGGGACACAGGAGUGCAAAAGAAAAUGAACCUGACUUGGCCGCCAUAGCUCAGAGGGAGGAGGAAAAUCAUGUGAAAGCAGAGGAGCGUUAUCGAGAAGCCCUGAAGGAGCUCAAAUCACAGAGGCUUAAAGACCAGGAGAGGCAAAGCAGAUCUAUCAAUGCCAGGAAGAAGGCACUACAGGCAGAAAAGGAAAGAUCAGCAAAAGUGGCCAGCCUCCCACCGCCUCUCCCAAACCCCAUAGAGCAGGACAUCGAUUCCAAAAAGCCACAUGUAGUAAAGAAAUCUGAUGUGAAUGCCUUCGCUGCCACACACUACCACAUGCCUGAGAGCACAGUGGACAGAGAGGUGGACACAAAGCAGCCUAAUGCCCACAAGGAAGCUGAGCUGGAGUUGAGGAGACUGCAGGACUUGCAGAGGGAGGAGAAGAGGAGGAGAGAGGAGCAGCUUGAGAAGGCUCGUCUCAGAGGGAAGGAGGCUCUGAGAAGGGAACACCUCGUGCAGGAUCGUGAACGCUUGCUUGUUGAACUGGAGCACAUGCAGCAGACAGACCUGCUGAGGAGGAGACAGCAGGUGUCACAGAUGCCUCCUCAGAUAUUCCAGCCUCUCUAUAAGAGACAGGAGACAAGGGAGGACUUCCAGAGAGAGAUGGAGUUUGCCUUUGAGGACAUGUACACCGGAGAGAGGAGGGUUAAAGGAGACCUGGUGGUCCAGCUGGUACCUGAGCCCCUGCCAGCUCUGUCCACAGGCAGCCAGGACCAAGAGCUGGACGUCACACUGGAUGAAACCACUGCACAAGGAGCAGAAAACACACAACAUGACACUGAGCAGGAAGAGCAGGAAACAUCUGCUCAAGUGGAACCCUCCAGACCUGGUCCAAGAAAGGCAUUGAAGAAACUCCUGGAUCGUAUCAGGAGCCAGAGGAACCAGUGGAUUGACCACAGCAGUCGUGUCCCUGCAGCUGAAUCACCGACCGCUGACGUCGAUCAGAUCCCAGAGCGCGACACAACCAUCGACACAGGCUCUCUGACCAGUGAGGAGAAAGACAUCCUGGCCCCCAUCAGGCUCCCUGAGCCUGCCCACUCACCACGGGUUGGACCAGAGUUGGAGACAACGGCACAGUCAACUGCAGUAGAUACUCCACUUCCUGAUAUACUCGCCAACAGAAUCCAAGAAUUUGAAGACGAACGGAAGAAAAGGGAAGAGGAGCUUGAGAGGGAGAAGCAGCAGCAGAUGGUUUUGCUCCAGGAGCUGGAAGAGCAGAAAGCCAGAUUGGAGCAGAUGCUGCUUGAAGCUCAGCAGGAGAGGGAAGAUCUGAGGGCUGUUGUUACCAAGGGAGUACCUGUUAACCAACCAGAAGUACCUGUCCAUGACAAGGAUGUCACCUCCGUCAUUCCUGGUCUCGUCACUGAGCCGGUGCCUCCUGCAGGUGAACAUGACCACUCCAGAAGGAUUAAAGAAUAUCAGCAGCGACUGCUGGAACAAAACAGAAUUCACCAGAGGUCAGUGGAGGUGGCUCGCCAGCGCCUGGAGGAAUAUCAGAAAGCUCUACGAAUUCGUCACAACACGAUCACCACAUCGUUGCUGCCUGCUGUCGUUCCCUCAGUCCUCAUUCCCCCACCUCUGUACAGUGCUCAGUCUAGGAAUCUCCCAGCUCCUCUGCAACCCCCUUCAACUCCAGCAGUGCCUGCCUAUAUCCAUGCUACAUCACAAACCCCUGUGGAAGUCCCCACAAGAGAGUGUGACAUGUUGGCUUCACCUUCACGACUUCCUGGCUCCAGUGGAAGCUCGAAAUUGCUGCCGGAUGAAGUUGAUUCUAUUUCAAGCGGUCCCAGGGACCAGAGACCUGAUCUCACCACCUGGCUGACUGACAACAUAAUGGAGAGAGUAACAGAGCAUCUAACACACAGAGUGAGACCUUCUUCAGAGCCACUGCCUCAAAAACUGUUCACAACACAUCAGUCAACCAGCAUCCUACUCCAGCCAACCUUUGAUCCCAUCAGAGCGAUUAGUCCGAGCAUCACAGAUGGUGCAGCUCUGGUUCCAGGCCAUGCAGUGGUUAAACCUGGGAGCGUGCCGCAUGACUCCCUGCGGUCUGGGUCGCUCAGCUCCAGAGAGGACGACGACAUGGAGAGGCAGAGACGAGAGCUGAGGGAGGUCCAGAGACGGGUGCUGGAGCAGAUGGAGGCAGUGGAGCUGCAUCAGAGGCAGCAAGAAAAGGAGAGGCAGCAAGAAAAUGAGAGGCAGAGACAGGAAGUGGAGAUGGAGCAGAUGAGACGUCAAAAGGAGACAUUACAGGCUCUGAUUCAUACUGAUGCACAACCAGUUCCAGAGGCUGCCAGUGAAGUGUUGGUUUCAGAGAACAUUAGUGAGACCCGCCGAAAAUUACUCUCAUCCCUGCUGAGAGCUAUAGAGGAGUCUCACGGAGGAACUUUAUCACACCUAGAAGACCCUCAGGAGACAGAUGGAUCCCCUCCACAGCCGCCUUCUAUCAGUGAGACAGAUCUCAUCUCUCAGAGCAAUGUUCUUGCUGGACAUGCCGUGGCGUCAGUCAUCUCCUCAGGACUCCUCCCUCCGCCUCCUCGAGCAGCAAAGCCCCCAGUGACUCGUGUCAGGCCGGGCAUCAUGGAGAUGAUGACUGAACAACAUGAGCUUAGUGCCAUUCAAGAGGUGGAGACACCAGUCAACACCAGCCAAGUCACAGGCCCAGAGGAUAGCAUGACGGUUCCCUCACACACUCUGGACUCGGAUCUUCAGGGGGAUUCAGAAUCAUCUGUGGUCUCUGACAUGACUCAGCAUAGUGCUGAACAAUCAACCGGCUCUGGAACGAGCUCAAGGAGAUCCAGCCAUCUCACCUGGAGAGAGAGGCUGCUGAUGGGGGCAGGGACAUCUCCAGAACCUUCAGAGGCCGAUUCAGGCCUGAGGAAAAUCUCUCCCCUUUCGUCUGACUCUGGGAGAGGAGGCGACUGCUCUGGGCCUGCAAUCACAAGCUACAUAUCCCCCACAGAGUCUGCAUGUCGGCCUCCUGAUUCUGACUGCCUCUCCUCCACCACCAUCUCCACCGGCAGCUACAUCACCACAGAUCCUGAGCAAAACGUCGACACUGAUAAAUCCCCACUGCUCAGACAUCAUGUAGAACAAGGACAAGAAGCAGAUUUACUCAACGUCUCCUCUCCAUCCGGUCAAAGCUUUUGUACUAAGGACAGCGCAACUGCAGGCCGUCCUGGUCUGGCCAUAGACUCUCUGUUUAAUGACAGCAGCAUCCAGCACAUUAUAGACAGAUACACAAGGGAGCUCAACAUCUCCCUCAGCACUGCUGGCAGAACUACAGACAGUGAAGGCUCGUAUGAGGAGGAACCUGGCCCUUCAGUUUCUCAGCAGUCUUUGGUUCGAGUCCUGGAGAGGAGAGGGGAGGAUGAAAGCUCCACAGCUCAUCAGUCUCUUCCCUCAGAGACUGCAGGUGCACAGAUGAGCGGCCUGGAAUGGCACAAUACAGUAAAUCCAAUCCUGGAGCACCACUCAGGCGAGGACCUGUCACUGACUGAGGACCAAGACUCUUUCAGACCUCUGAUUGGCCAGCUGACAGACCAGUCAUCCUGUCUCGCUGCUGAUCAGAGGGAUUCGGCCAUGGUGCAACUGGUUGGUCAACCAUCUGCUCACUCGUCCAUGAUUGGUCAGCUACCAGGUCCACCAGUGUCAGUGAGCUCGGAUCAAGGUGGAUGGGAUUCCACUCUGAGUCGGAUGAUUGGUCGACUCUCCCAUCAGUCCAGCUUUCACUGGCUGAGUGGGGGGCAGGACUUUUAUGCAGGUCAGCUGAUGGGUCAGACGCCAUCGGAGCAGUCGACCACAUGGUUGGAUGAAGGUCCAGAGGAGAGCCAAAUGAGACCGCUGGUUGGGGAGCUGGAUGAGUCCGCUGGCCAGCACAGUGGAAACUCAGAUGAAAGAACCCACGUGGAACUUGGUGUCUCAGCUGAGGCCAGUGGGCCGUCAUACCCAGCGUUGCCUCCCGAAGCCUCAUCACACAGUGCCUCUGUUCCAGAUGUGAAUCCACCUCCACAGGACCAGACACUGCAGAACCAAACCAGUCCAAUGGACCUGGGCCCACAGAGCACUGAAGUGUUUCCAGGCUCAGAGUCAUUCCAUCCGCUGCUAGCUGAGGUCACCCACAAUGAAACAGUAGACCCCUCCAUGACCUUUCACCUGCCUGAACACAAUGUGCCUACCUCCCCUGACGGACAGCCAGCCAGUGGGGAACCCAGUGUUUCCACACCAAGCCACACUGAUGCUUCUAUUGAGUCUGAACCGUCACCUGAGCGCCUCAGAACGGAGGAGUCAUCUCGCUGCAUCACAGCUUCCCCUGCCUUAGCCAACUCUUUCACCCAGCUCAUCACAUCACAGAACCAUCCUGAUGAAUCUGCUCUCACGAUGUCUCCCAUGAGAGCAGAGGUGGAGCUAACAGCUCUGAGUCUGUCAAAUUUAACCAUGUGUGAUGAUGCACCUACUGUGGGCAUGUUGCAGCCAGAAGAAGCGGAUGCCGAUAGAAACUGUGUUUCUGAAAGGAGAAAUUCAAUCCCACUUGGUGACCUCUGUCCUGUCUCCAAUAAGAUAUUGGAAGCUGCCAGUGAGAAGGGGAUCCUGGAACAGUCAGAGAUAACACUAGCGAGCCUGACAGACACAACACUGCAAGACCAAGAAACAACCAUCACUGAGGAACAGGGACAGAAAGGCCACGAGACAGAGGGGUCAGAAUCCUCGAUGUCACUGGAUGAGACUCCAGAGGACAAGAAACAAACACCUCCAGAUUCAGCGAUGCUCCUGGAGUUUCAGUGGGGUCCCAGCAGAGACCUACAGGAGGUCCACCAGCAGAAACGCAGAGCACUGCUCCAGAGAUCGUCCCGUAGGGUGGAGGAAAUCAAGGCCAAAGGGGCUCUUGCUAAGAUUCAACCUAAGAUCCAAGCUCCAUCUGAAGCAAGAGAGCAGUCUAAAGCUCAGGACUCUCAACCUGUCACCUGUGGGGCAAAGAUGAAGUCAGAAUCUCAACACAAGACUAAUGCCAAGUCAAAGGAGGAGCAGGCUGAGCCACAUCAGACCACUGAGAAAUCUGGAUUCACCAAGCAGAAAAAGGCCCAGCUUCCCCCUCCAGUGAGCAAUUCCAGGCUGAAAAAGUUGGAUGAGGUGAAGACCUGCACACCAGAGCAAAGGAAACGGGAUGUUUUUGAGAUGCACCAAAGAACUCAGAGACUGUACGAGCAGCUGGAGGAGGUGAAACAUCAGAAAGCCAUCAGGAACAGACAGGAAGCUUUUGCAAAGAACAGACUGAAGGCCAAAGAGUUCCACAAGAAAACCUUACAGAAACUUCGUGCCAAGCAGAAUCUGUAGUGAGUCUGAAUGUGUUCUAGUUAUGCUUUUGUACAUUUCAGUUAUUUUGUAAAGAUUUAUUAAUAAAGCAUUUUUUUAAGU